AUGGCUAUGCUGCCCUGCCACCUUCCUUGCCUUCCUACUCUGUUGACUGGGAGGCCCAAAUGCACCACAACUACCACAACCAGUUUCAUGCUUGGCUCCAGUGUCACAAGCUCAAUGAUCCUUAAAAGGAUGCAUGAUCUCUCCAAGGACACUGCAAGGAUCCAACAAACCCUGGAGAGGAGCAAAGAGGAGCAUGAGCACUGGAUGAGUAAGGAGCAGAAGAAGUUGCAGAAGAUGGUUGAUAAGGCAAAACAAAAGCAACUCAUCAGGGACUGGAAGGACUGGUGGCGUAAUAAAAAGGCAUGGUCAAGUUGUCAGGCCCAGGGAUGGGAGGACAGGAGAGCAUGGAGAGGAGAGAAUGAGGGGAUGGGAAAAUGGAAGAUGGGAGACAGGAGGAGAUGGGAGAUGGGAAACAAGAAAUGGGAGGUAUCAAAUGUGACUCAAGAUAGCAUCCAAGAUUAG